GGCAACCCUGGUUUCCUUCACUAAACACUUGCUUGGUACGAAGCGUUCGUUGGCUGAUGCAAUCUGUUCUGUUUAUUUAUCACUUUAAUAACUUAAUUAUUAUUAUUAAUAUAUUGUUGAAUACACAUUCUCAUAAUGCCUACCAUAGGUGUCAAGAAGCAUCUCCUGUUUCAAGCCCUUGGCAAGACAUACACUGAUGAUGAGUUUGCUGAAUUAUGUUUUGAUUAUGGCCUUGAGCUUGAUGAAGUUACAUCAGAAAAAGAGAUGAUAGCAAAGGAACAAGGUAAAGAUAAGGCCACAGCAUCAGAUGCGUCCGAUGUAAUCAUUUAUAGAAUAGAUGUUCCCGCAAACAGAUAUGACUUGCUGUGCCUGGAGGGCCUAGUCAGAGGUCUACUUAUUUUCUUGAAAAAAGGUGAAGCACCACGCUACAAGGCAUUACCCCCAGCACAGGGACAGAUGCAGAGGCUCUACAUCAAACCUGCUACAAAGAAAGUUCGGCCUCACGCAGUGGCAGCUAUUCUCAGAAACGUUACCCUUACUAAAGACGCUUACAAUAGUUUCAUUGACCUUCAAGACAAGCUGCAUCAAAAUAUUUGCAGGAAGAGGUCGCUGGUUGCCAUAGGAACUCAUGACCUUGAUACUAUUACUGGUCCAUUUUAUUUUGAUGCUCAGGAUCCACAGAAAAUUAAAUUCUGCCCAUUAAAUCAAGUGAUUGAAUACACAGCAGCUGCACAGAUGGAGCUCUUCUCACAUGACAGCCAUCUGCGACAUUACCUGCCAAUUAUCCGAGAUAAGCCUGUAUACCCUGUCAUCUAUGACAGUAAUAACACUGUUCUAUCCAUGCCUCCAAUCAUCAAUGGUGACCAUUCCAAGCUUACCACAGAGACAAAGAAUAUUUUUAUUGAAAGUACUGCAACCGACCUGACCAAGGCAAAGAUUGUACUUGACACGUUGGUCACAAUGUUCAGCCAAUAUUGCACUGAGAAGUUUCAGGUUGAAUCAGUUGAAGUCAUAUAUGAGGAAGAUGGGAGAUCUUGUAUUUAUCCUGAACUCCAGUACCGGCAUGAAGUUAUCCCUGUGGAUUUAAUCAAUAAAAAAAUUGGAAUUAAUGAGUCUGCUGAUGACAUUGCAUCAUUGUUAACAAAAAUGUGUCUUGCAAGUGAAGUUGUUGAUAAUGGGGAAAAUGUCAACGUUGAAGUUCCCCCAACAAGAGCUGAUGUAAUUCAUGCAUGUGAUGUUAUUGAGGACGUUGCGAUCGCAUACAGCUAUAACCGCAUUAAGGAGCGUAUCCCACAAACAAGUACAGUUGGCGCUCAGUUCCCGAUUAACAAACUCUCGGAUCUACUCCGACAGGAAGUGGCUGCAUCUGGGUACACCGAAGCAUUAACCUUUGCCCUGUGUUCAAGAGAUGACAUAUCUGUGAAAUUACUUAAGGAGUUAAAGGAUACCAAAGCUGUACAUAUUGGAAACCCUAAAACUUUAGAAUUCCAGGUGGCAAGAACCACACUUCUGCCAGGCAUCUUGAAAACGAUAGCCUGCAACAAGAACAUGCCACUACCCAUCAAGCUCUUUGAGAUCUCUGACAUCAUUGUCCAGGAGUCAACAAAGGAUGUAGGUGCAAGAAAUUACCGCAACUUGUGUGCCGUCAACUACAACAAGUCUCCCGGUUUUGAGGUAAUUCAUGGACUAUUGGAUAGGGCAAUGCAGCUGCUUGAGAUUCCCUUUUCACAAACUGGUCAAGGCUACUACAUCAAAGCCAUUGAUGAUCCAACUUUCUUCAAGGGUAGGUGUGCAGAGGUUAUCGUCAAUGGCGAACAUGUCGGUAAACUUGGUGUAAUUCAUCCAGAUGUUCUAUCAAAGUUUGACCUCUCUAUGCCAUGUUCUGCUCUAGAAAUAAAUAUCGAACCAUUCCUGUGAAAAGUAUAUUCAAGCAGUGUGACCUAAUGUGUGCAAGCAAGCACUGCAUUAUGAUGAAAAUUAUAUACUGUAUAUUGUAAAUCAGUCACAUGUUGAUGCCUGUAUUAUGUUCUAUCUGUUUAUAAUGCAAUAUGACUCCUUCAUUAGAAUUACAUAAACAUUUAACAUAUUGCAAAGUUCUGAAUUGAGUCACUGUCGUUUAUGAGAAAUAUGUUAUUAGGCAUCAUAUGGUACUUAAUUUUUUUAAUAUGGUUGGUGGUGGAAACAUUUUUAUCAUGACUAGAUUUGACUUAAAGAGUCUGUUUUACACUAUGCCUAUUCUGAAGAGUCUCAAUUUUGAAUUCCAAGGAGACUCUCUGCUAGGCUGUCACAUGGAAUGAAAAUACCCAUGUGUGUAAGUAUUUGUUACAUUUUGUUUUACGUGUGAAUUGGGUAUAAGGCUAGACACAUUGCUUGUGUUCUAACAAAGGGUCAUAUUAAUUUGUGUCACAUUGCAGGUUUCUCUUUGUCCAAUGACACAUUAAAUACUGUAUAUCACCUUACAGCCAUUAAAUGGAGAACUUUGUACAUUGGUGAUUUGCUACCUAAUAACUCAACAAAUUUAGUUUCUCAUACUACAGUUAAAGAAAUUUUUAUUACUGCAUAAGAUAACCUGCGCAGCAAAGCUGUUCUUUGACCAUAGAGCUAUUAAACAACUAGAGUGCAAUGCAGAGUUAUGUAUGUGUACCAUCCAAGAUGGCCGUCGUAGUAAAGCGCCACCUUCAGGCUUAGUACACAUAUUAUUACCAUAAAUAAGCCCUC